AUGGAUGUAUUUUAUUAUUUCAUGAUGCACAUGUGAAUCGUUUCGAACCACGCGGAAACUUAAUUUAUUACGAAGAGGAAAAAAAUAGGCUACAUUUGGUGUUGAUUAAAAGAAAUUAUUAAGAUAAAAGGAUUAUUUUUCAUUAUCGCAAUGCCGUUUUUUAUCAGGAGUGGCCGAGGAGAUAAAACACAGAAACGCAAAUUUAAUGGUCACCAAAGCAAGAUUUCCAAAUCUCAGCUCACAUCAAAACGAUUAAAAAAACAUAAUGUACAUAAUGACAAUGAUAGUAUUGCCAGUACGGAUGAAGAAUUUGCAGAAGAAAAUUUAAGGAAUAAAACAGAAAAAUAUGAAAGUGAAACGGAAGAAGAGGAGGAGACUGCGCAAGAAAAGAGUGUGAGGCUUGCAAAGAUAUAUCUUGAACAAAUUGAAGCAGAAGAGAAAGAUAGAGCAGAAUUUGAAGAGGGCGCAGUUGCACAAAGAUUACGUGAAGAAUAUUUAGAGCAAAAGGGCCGAUUAAGAAAAACUAUAGCAUCAAAUUAUAUUGGUCACAAGAAACUCACAUUAUUGAGAUGUAAAGAACAUAAAGGACCUAUUACUUGCAUUUGUCUUUCCAAUGAUGGCAGUAUAUUAUAUUCGGGAUCUAAGGAUGGCAGUUUAGUUAAAUGGUCAGUAAAAGAAACCAAGUUAAAAGUUAUUCGAGGAAAUAGAGGAAAAACGAAAGAUGGAAUGAAAUCUAUACGGUGUAUGGCUCUUAGCACAGAUGGAAAAUUUUUGGUAGUAGGAGAUAUUAAAUGUAAUGAUAUAAAAGUAUUUUCUGGUGAUACCUUGAAUCAUAUAAAGAACUUACAAGGUCAUAGAAACUUUAUAUCUGGAUUGACAUUUCGAAAAGAUACUCACACAUUAUAUUCUGCAUCCGAAGAUAAAAGUGUGAAAGUUUGGAAUCUGGAUGAUAUGGUUUAUGUCGAAUCUUUAUUCGGACAUCAGAAUGGUAUUACAUCUAUCGACGCACUUUCACGAGAGCGUGCCAUUUCGAGCGGUGGUUACGAUGGGACCAUCAGAAUAUGGAAAAUAGUCGAAGAAUCACAAUUAAUAUUUAAUGGACAUGUUGGUAAUAGCAUCGACAUAGUUAAGCUUAUAAAUGAGGAGAAUUUCUUCAGCGGUGGAGAUGAUGGACAACUUUGUGUUUGGGGAUGUUUGAAAAAAAAGCCAUUGUGUUCAGUACUGGAGGCGCAUGGAAAGGAUGAAAUCAAUGGCCAACCAAUGUGGAUUUCAAGUAUCGCAACGUUGUUAAAUACAGAUUUAGUAGCAUCAGGCUCACGAAAUGGCGUAAUAAAAUUGUGGCAAUGUGGUCAGGAUUUUAAGUCUUUAAAUUUAUUGUUUGAAAUUAAAGUAACAGGUUUCAUAAAUGCACUCACUUUCACACCUGAUGGAAAUCAGCUUAUUGCUGGUGUAGGUAGUGAACAUAGAAAUGGUAAUUGGUGGCGAAUACCAGAAGCCAAAAAUUCUAUUGUUAUUAUACCAUUGAUAAAUAAGAAAGACAAAUAGACCUCACAAUUGUUAAAAUAAUUUA